AUGACGACGCAUACGCAAGGCUCGAAUGACCCCUUCACCGUUGAUCUGGAAGAAGUUACAGAUGAGAGUGUUGAUAACUCGCACCUUUGUCUAAUCGGCAAGAUUUUAGCUCCUACAUCCCUUAACAAACAAGCGGUCUCCCGUAUCAUUCUUGGAGCUUGGAAACUUAAGACUGAGGUUUCUAUAUCCCCUUGGGCAGACAACAUUUAUUGUUUCAACUUUCAGAAUGCAGAUGACAGAGCUAUGGUUCUUCGAAUGGCCCCGUGGUCCAUAAUGGGUAAUCUCCUCGUUCUCCAACCACUCUCUAUUGAGAAAGCUAUACCUGGGAUAGAAUUUAAUUAUUAUCCAUUUUGGGUUCAAGUUCAUGGUCUCCCCUUGGACAAAAUGACUAGACGUAAUAGGCAGAUUAUUGGUGGAUCGAUAGGGAAGCUCAUUGGAGUGGAAGCUCCAAAUGACGGCCUUCUGCUCUCACGCAGUGUUCUCUGA